AUGAUACUUGCAAAGGAAUUCAUUUCAGCACCAGCUCAGAAGACGGGCCACUUGUUGUCCAAUUUGGAGCCCAUACAGUUUUGGAUUUUGCCAAAGCCGCAGAACUGGUACAGCCCUACUGUGAUGGUGUGGAUCUCAAUUGUGGAUGUCCACAAACGUGGGCCAUUCAGGAGGGUAUUGGAUGUGGGCUCAUGCGAAAGCCAGAGCUUGGAGACUGUAAGAUUCGUUGCCAUAGUCGAAUCUGGUGGCCCAGAUUACAUCACUGUUCAUGGACGGCGGAGAUCCCAAAGAUCAAGUGAACCUGUAAAUUUGGAAGCAAUCAGACUCAUCAAGUCCGUCGCGAAGGUUCCAAUCGUUGCGAAUGGUGAUGUUUUCUGCUUGGAUGAUGUAGAUAGGAUUAUCAAAGCAACUCGGGUCGAUGGCGUUAUGGCCGCUCGUGGGUUAAUGGAAAACCCUGCUCUCUUUGCUGGUUACUCGACGACACCCUGGGGCGCCGUCGAGAAGUUUCUUCAUCUUAAUAUGACUCUUGGACCACUACCUCAUCAACUUACAGUACACCAUGUUGGGGAAAUGAUGCUCAAGAUGUUAAACAAAAAAGAGAGGUCGAGCAUGGUUGACAGCUCCUCAAACACUGUAGAGCUCUUGGACUGGUUAGAUGAGAGAUUCGUUUUGGCAAGGCCAUCUGAUGAAGGGUUUGGAAAGGGCGUUCAUGCAGUGAGGAUUGUCUAG